AUGGCACAUUGGGUUGCAGCAUGUCUUUUCUUUUUGGUUGCUCUGCAGUGGCUGUCAGUAGCUUUAGCGUCGCACUUUCGUUAUGGAACCAUGUCUUGGGCUCCGGUCGACUCUUACAGCAACACGGUAAAGUAUUGGACUCCCUUAUGUAGCGUGGCGCGGUUUGCAGUAUAUCUAGUUUUAUCGACAUGAAUAAAACUUAAGUCGUACCUAAGCAACUACGUGGCCUUCAGUAAGCUGCCAAGCUUUUAACUAGGCUAUUUUUGCCGCUGAGCAGAGCAUUUUACGGACGAUUUUUAGUCACUAGGUCCUUGAUUUGAAAGAGAAUUCAGUAGUGAAUAUUUACUAUGUAGUAUAUUCUUGUCAUCAUCAUCUUUUGUAGGCUUUAGUUCAUUUUGCAUCAAAAUCAAAAGGGUAGUUUUUCACCGAGAAUAACUGGACCUAGAAACUGGUGUGUUCGUUUCAUAGCCUGAAUGUCUAGUCAUAAAAUUGUGGUAGGACUACUAAGUGAUUUGUUAUUUCCACUUUGCCCUAGAUAGAUUUGAAUAUCGAUUACAUGAAAUUCUCGUUGAUGUAAUUGUCUGAAUCACUACUUAAUUAACAACUCGACCGAGAGCGUAAUAUUUGAAUAGCGUGCAUGAUGGUAUUCGCGGUAUUGUAACGAUACGAUGACUAAGCCUGCAUGCCUUGACCUUCCGCGGUGUGUACGGUUGAGCGAUGCGGUCCUGCCCGAUCCCGGAUGCAGCUCUAAUGUAGAAAGUCUAAGAUAAAUAAAAAUAAGUAGUUAAUCAAAUAAAUUAAAAAGGAAAAAGGAAAAAAUCCGACCAAAAAAAAUGUACUAGAUAAAGUCAGAGGGCCGUGCAAUUCUCGGGUUUAAUUCUAUCUUAUUUAGUUCUAGAAAGCAUGGAGGCAGGUGCCCUUUCUUGUCUUCGCUGUGAGUGUGGUCACUAAGCCUAGCAAAAAAUAAAAACAUAGCCACAGUAGCAUUUUGUGUAUUCUCAAUAUUUUGAUUUGUCAGACACCAUAUGCAUGGCAGAAAAAAAUGUAAACCUUGCUGGACCCUACUAUGCAUUUCAUUUUAAACAUUUAAUAAGAAUCUAAUUGGAAACAUCGAAAAAAUAAUGAAACAUUUUGUUAGUUCGAACCAUUGUGCACAGUGCUAUAACAGCCGUCUCCUCAGGCGCUUCGUUUUUCGCAUGGUUUCGCAUAGAGGCGAGCGCAAAACGCUAGUGACUGGUGACGAAGCCUAAGGGACCUUCCCGCCUUCCUUUGGGCGCAAAAUUUCAUCGAGAGAGAGAGCCUACGUCUAGGUACGCGGCAGGUGCUAUAAACUGAAAUCAGUGCUAUACUACCCCUAGUUACGCCCCUGCUUUCAAAGAUUCUGUCUAAUGUUCUAAGUCCACAUCAGGCUGAGUCGCAAACUGAAAGCGCCAGUACAAAGUUAAGUCACGGAUGCCUUUGUUGUAUUUCAAGAAAAAUAAAAACUAAUGGUAUUUUUAUUCUUAGACUAUGAUAAAUGAUCAUGAGGUUUCUUUAGGAAUUUACAGUUUACAGUUACUUCUAAGAAAUUCAAGAAAGUUUUCUCGUGAAAUGUCACUUAGUCUCUAGAUCGAUCUGUUUCGGUGACGUUUUUUCUUUCCUUCUGUCUUUUUUUUUUUUUUUCUGAAAGCCCACUUAAUACGGACACUAUGGCGUGUUCCCUUUGUGUCCGGAUAAUUUAAAUUACACUUCACUGUUUUGUCUUUAGAUUCGUUUCACAUUUGGCCUGGCUUUUCGAAGAUCUUCCGUGUACUGUGAUUCAAAUACCAUCAGCACAGGUAGUCUUCUUGUUCCCGGAGAUUCAUGGACAGCGAAGUGUGUUAACUAUACUGGCAACAGUUCACAAUGCAAUUCAGUUAACAUAGGAAGCACUGGUUUUCGCUGCACUGACUAUAGUACCAGCGAGGAUUGGUCACUGGGUGAAAACAACUUUACGCACACCUUCUCAUCGAUCCACGACGAAUGGAUUGUAAGGCAAGUUCGCACUUAAAAUCUUAUAUAAGAUAAAAAUUACGACAAAAUAUUAUUAAACAAAGGCAUUAAUGUUAAAAGACUUAUAACAAAAUAUCACGAUGCGAUUAAUUAUUUAUUUUUUGUUAACAGCUACAGAAGUUGCUGUUGGAUAUCUUUAUCCCGGUAUGGUGGCAGUUGGCUCGUAUCAACGACCGUAAACCUUACCAGACGGUUAGAUAAUGGGAGAAUUAACUCGUCUCCUGUAUCAAGAAGCCCCGCUAUUAUACGCUGGUCUGAAGGCUGUCCCAGUCAGUCUCUACGGAUCCCAAUAGAAGACGCCGACGAAGAUGUGGUAAAAUGUCGCUAUGCAAAGUACUCCGAGUCCUACUUUCAGAGCGAUAGUUUCCCUUAUGGCACACUUGAUGAGGUAAUUGAUCAUUUCUGUGUUUGGUUUCUCUUUUGAUGGAACGUGAAAAUUCUAGAGCAUAAGAUGACUCAUAAAGCCUUUUAAGCGUUAGCCCUAGUAAAGGGAUUGAUCAGGAAUAAAAAUACGAAGGGGCAAAGUAGGGGUUGUAUUGAAAAUAUAAUUAAUGAAGCCAAAAUAGUCCAAUUUCGAAUGCUAUAGUGACCGUUGAAACGAAUAUAUAAAAAAAUUGAAGACGCGUGUUAACAGCGUCAGCCUCCACUGGAUGUUCUCGAAAGACCUCUUUUCAGCUCUAAACUAUUGUUUAUUUUCAAAUUUAAGGCGCGUUACAGCUAACAUGCAUUACUGCAUUCAUUUAAGUCGAGACUAACCCUCUUCAGAUAAGCUUGGUGUUUCAUGUAAGGGUCAACUCUCUCACAGGUCUCACAGCGUUAAGUGAUCACCUCCUGAAAGCGAUCACUUUGUAACUAACUUUUUGUUUCUCAUUCAAAUACUGGUAAGCGACCACCUAACAUGAUCGAUCACGUAUGAUUGUAUGAAAACAGUUCCUCGAAUAACGCAAAACUACAGUUCAGUUGUUCAGUUGACUAAGAGGGCUGACAGGUAUAAUAAGGGUCGAUGAAAAAAAAAAAUGGCUCUUUUUGUAAUACGAUCUGUGGAUAAAAACGUUGAUUGUUCCAUUGAUGCAAAAUGUUAUGAACAAAGUUUCAACAGUUCCAAGCGCUAUUCGAUGUGAAACUUUAUUGCCAGAUGUCAAUUUGACUAAUUACAGCUUGUAAGGUAAGAAUUAUGUGACAACCUCCCGUAAGCGACCACUUUGUCAUGCACCAUGGGUGGUCGCUUACUACUAACAACUGCGCCCGCUCUGUAUAUUGUCCGUCAAUAGUAUUCUUGCUCGUUGUGUAGCUCUUUGAAAUAUUGCUGGUUUCCUUUGUCACUCCAUUCAAAAUAGAUCAAAAUAAAAAUAAAAACCGUUCAAUAGAUAAUGUCCAGAAUCUGGGAAAUGAAAGGAGGUACAUAUACAAAGACCCUCGUUAAGGUUCAGGUCAGAGGAAUAUUUCGUAUAGGAGAUAUCCGGAGAAAUGUUUUACCCAAUGUAUAAAGACGCCAUGCUGGUGCUCACCUGUAUGAGCUCCAACAUGGGGGACGGAAACCAACAGAAACAUUUGUUACCGAGUUUUGCUACAAAAGCGUGAAUUUAUUCUUCGAGAAACUCAUAAACCUUAAAGUGAUACUUUUUCUAAUACAUGAACUGUUUAGAUAGCAAACUUUCCUGAAAUAAGUCAUUUUUUUAACCUACAUGACAGCUCUCUUGACCGUCCAGUAAAUACUGCGUCACGCAAAAGCUUAGAAAUUCAAGCGUACUCUUAUCACAAAACCUAGAACCCUUUUGAAGCGAAAAUUUGUAUGAAAACUAGUAUUCAGCUGCUCUAAUGCAUCGUAAAAGUAAAAUCUCGGUAGGAUUGAUAGCUUUUUAGUUUGAAUUUUAGUGACGUCAUGUGAUACCAACAAUACCGAUUCAUAAUGAUUUUCACACAUAUUCCAUACAAUAGGUGAGAUAAAUACAGGAAACGCAAGGUUCCAUGCACAGUUUCAGUUCGAUUUACACAGCUUUGAUCAAAACAUUCUCAGUUUCGAGAAUAGUUUAUUCUAAACCAUAAGAAAAGAUUUAAUUUAAUUAGAAGUUGAAUUUUUUGCUAUUUCUCUUUCACUUUUUACAUUCAGUUCAUUUUAUUUGCCGGAAAGUAAGCCUUAGAAAUUAAAAGGACGUUUGAUCAAUUCACCCUUUCGCAUUCUAGUCGUGAGCACGGAAUAUUAGUCAGAAUUUGAUUAUCGGCGAAUUUCUGUAAUCAUCCAUCGUUCUGCUAGUGAUAAGCUAGGCGUUGUUCACUCUUCUUGCUUGUUUGGGGCUGAGUCUUCUUCCCGUCAAAGAGAGAGAAAGAGUGUCUGGCAAGGUUUCCAAUCAAAGAUUUGUGAACUCGUGUCUGGCAAACUCUCCAAUAGCCUGUUCCAGGUGUUUAGAUACUAGAGCGCGGCGGUCAUUGGAGAGCGAGUUAAAUUGCACUAUCUGAACGCCUGGAACAGGUUAACUCUCCAAGUGUUUAUAUAUACACAGUUAUUAACGCACCUUAUAACUUCACCUGGGCUUAACGAGUGUCUUUUGGCCCAUAACUAUCAAAACAACUGCUCCACAGAAUGUCACUGAUAACACGCAACGCAAAAGAGUAUCGAAGUAUGACUGCACAAUAAAUGUCACAAAAUCUACCUAAGCGGUCCCUUCGGGAUUUCCUGUCUUUACGUCAUCCUAACCAUUUCGUACUUGCGGGCGCCAACAAUAGAAACGUCAUCAUUACCUACCGAUUCCUUGCGGCCCCUGUUCAAGCAAAUCGAGAUUUUUUCUGGCAUACUGACUGUAUAUUUCAACUGUAAGUACUUUCCUUAAUAUACGCGUGAGUUACUAGAGUACCUCCUCGGGAUUUCGCCUUCUGCGCGAAAUCCCUGCGUGAGCAAUAAUAAACUGAUUCGAUUAGCACUUGUUCGAUUUAAUACUGAACGGGAUAAUGAAAACUAAACUUAAUUUUGAUCUGAAAUUAAAAAGUUUAAUUGCAAUAUGCUAGAGGGAUUAGUGUUAAAUCUCCUUUUACUGUAACUGUCUUUAAACAGAAGACAUGUCUGCUGACGUUUAAUGGCAACAAUGGAACGACUGGUAUUUACGCUGUAGCACUGAUGCUAGAGGACUUUCCAGCUGGAACUACAAAUUUCGUCGGCGUUACUCCAUUUAGUGCUGUGGGACUGCAGUUUCUUGUUAUAAUAAGCAGCCAUUCUGGUUCUUGUAACAAUGUUCCAGUAUUUACUCCUUCAUCACCUAACGAUGGAGAAUGUACCGAAGUACAGAUUGGUUCAUUGUACAGAGCUGUGAUCGAGGUCACACUUGCAGACGUUUCGAAACAGUGAGUUUUUCCAGCGGGAGUCCACACAUUCUGUUUUUGUAACCGAUUGAAAUUUUACAGUAAACUAGUGCACUGAAUUUAGCGUUUGCUUCAUUUGUAGCGGUAUAUCGCUAAAUAUUGUGCCUGGAUAAAUGCUACAUAAACGUUGUAUGACCUUACCUACGGUAACUGGGAGUACUCCUUUUGGUUCAGAAAUGGUAUUUGGAGCGAUUCCUGAAUGAUUUUGAGUGUACUCUAAAUAGAGUCCUUCCAUUUGACAACUGGCAAUAGAGCAGCCAGUAACGUGAAUAAAAAACAGAAAAAAUUUACAUUUUUCUCCGUUAAACGCCAUUGCAGAAAACUAGCAUGUUCGUUGACUGAGGGAACUGCAAAUAUUUUUAAAAUAGUAAGAAUUUACUAAUAAUAGAAAUUAACACUAAAUAAAAAGCGCAGCUGUAAUCGGUCAUUAAUUAUCGCUUUACUGGUUACUGGAAAAAUCAUUCACCCAUAUAUAUAUAUUUCAGCAUUGUAGAGAUCGUGGCUUCUUCUCCGCCUGGAAUGGUAAUCACUUCUCCACGUCAAAGGGGUCAAGGUGUUUAUUACAGUAAUGUCACAUGGUACCCCAGCCAAUAUCAAGUUGGAAAACAGUCGUUCUGUUUUAAAGCAGUUGACUCGUCAGGGUGAGAUGAGUUCUUUAACUCUGAAUAUAGUCAAAGUUCAUUUAUAAUAACGAAAACUCUAGUUAGCGAACCGGCUCAACUUCGGACUUAUUGACAAUUUAACCCCGUUUUACUGGCAACCUUUACCCGCCGACAAAUGAAGAAAAUAUAAUACAAAAACAACUCCGAAAAACAUCUUGCUAACUUAAAAUAUAAGUAUAGGCAAGAAUUAACACAAAAGAAAUAAACGUAAUAUUUCGGUUCUUAUUUCAAGACCAUUGUCAAACGUGAGAUACUGAACAUGGAAAAGCGUUGAACUUAUAAAAGAGGGCUAGCCAGAAAGGUGUGACUGAAUGUUAACAAACUAAUGAUUGUUACAAGAAUGUGGAGGAAAGUAUAACAAAAAUGCUGAAAUUCAAAUUAAACCUAAAGCUAAAACAAUGCAAGUUCAACUCUCUGUUUACAAAACCUUUUUCUGUACGGAAAGAGGCUAACUACUUGUACUAUUUGCGGAUACCUUUCUCAGUAGUGCUUCCCAUUGAUGGCCGCUUUCAUACUUGAAGGAGCUUCAAAUUAACGUAUAAAAUUACUGCAAGGGCUGCGGAGUGCUUGAAUACCGUCAGUUUUUAAUAGGCCACUUCCGAGUUCCAAAAACUGUCACUUUCAAAAUGAGGCAAGGUGCACAACCUUUCUUGAAAUGAGAAUGAAACCUUUUCUUGCAUGAGAAUGAAAAAUGAUUUCCAUAUCAAAGGCUGAGCACCUACGCUCGUUUUGAAACAGAGGCCCCGAGGAACUCGGAAAUGGCCUAUUCGUACUCAUUCCUUGAUAAUCUCGUGGCGUGCUGUCACCGAAGCGUCCGGACAAAUUAUAUCAUUAGUUUUAACUUGUUUAGGUAUUUCAAACUGUCAUUAAUGUUUUCUAAAAUUGCCAUCUAGUUGUUUAUUCAUUGUUUAUCUUUGUUGUCGAAAGACGAACAGUUAGCCGUUAGAAAUAUGCAAUACUUGUGGCAAUACUUGUUAGGGAUAUACCCGCUUAUUAUUCAUUCAAAAUAUUUCCCCGAUUCUGAUUGGCUAAAAGCACACGUUUAAUUCACCAUAAGCAGUUACUGAUGACCAAAUUUGGAAGAAUUUUGUGUUUAGCGAGGAAAUGGCGUCAAAUGCUCCGGUAAGCGAGACCUGGGGACGAGGAUGAGUUGCUUUGAUUGUAAACUUCAAAAAUGGCGGACAUUUCACUCGUUUCAAGAGUAUUACUAGCCGAAAAAAUAGCUAACAACAUGGCAAGAACAGCAUAAAGACAACUCGAAGGGCGACGUCUUCUAUUUGGAGAAUAUUUGCGGAGCUGAACGACUCCAAACGUGCACCAUCGAGGAUGAACUUAACAUCGAUCAGUUUUAGCCAUGUUUUUAAACUAGGAAUUAUUUUGAAUGAAUAAUAAAACAAUUAUUGAAUUCGGCUUUCGUAUCAUAUGAAGAAUUAUGGAGAUCUCGGAGAGUGUUAUCCGCCUUGGCCUACGGCCUCGAUGGAUAACACUCUCCUCGAUCUCCAUAAUUCUUCAUAAGAUACUCAGCCUCAUUCAUUAAUUGUUAUUAUUAUUCAUUCAAAAUAUUUUCCCACUUCUGAUUGGCUAAAAGCACACGCAUAAUUCACCAUAACCAGUUACUGAUGACCAAAUUUGGAAGAUUUUGUGUUAAACGAGGAAAUGACGUCAAAAAUGCAGUCUUCUACAGGUUAAUGCACCGUUAAUGCAGAAGACCUGGGGACGAGGUUCAGAGUGUUUUCGUUGUAAAAACUAAAAUGGCGGACACUUCACUCGUUUCAAGAGUAAGAACCACAGCCGGAACUGGGCGAAAUAACGGCUAAAAACAUAGCAAAAACAGCAAGAAGACAACUCGGAGGGCGACAUUUGCAUGAUCUGGAGAAUAUUUGCGGAGCUGGACAAACCUAAACGUAAACUACCGAAGAUAAACUUAACAUCGAUGCACGUAAGCUGUUUUUAGCUAUGUUUUUAAACUAGGAAUUAUUUUGAAUGAAUAAUAAAACAAUUAUUAAAUUCGGCUUUCGUAUCAUAUGAAGAAUUAUGGGGAUUUCGGAGGGCGUUAUCCGCCUAGGCCUACGGCCUCGACGGAUUACACCCUCCUCGAUCUCCAUAAUUCUUCAUAAGAUACUCAGCCUCAUUCAUUAACUGUUAAAUUAUCUUUCUUAACUAGGUUGGGGAGUCAAUAUCGAUGCAUAACAAUUCUCGUCGGUAUUAGUAAGUAAACCAUGUUAAUCCUUGGGCUUAUUGGGAAACACUCAACUGCGAAGAGAAUUCCAUGAUCGGCCAUUUGUUUCAAAAUUAUGACGAUACACGUUUUUUGCGACGUAUACUUGCGAUAUUUCCUAUUCUACCGUAAAUCUUCUUUAAAGCCCCCCUCUCAAAUAAGCCCUCUUCUCUAAGAAGCUUAAUAUUUUAUUAUUUACUUAUUAUUUAUUUUUCUUAUUAUUUAUUUUGGCUUAAUAGAGAGGGGGGCUUAUUAACUUUCCUUCUCUGAAAAGAGGGGGGGGGAUCUUUUUAUAGGAGGAAAGUUCAUAAGCUCCCCCCUCUCUCUAUUAAGCCCCCCUUUUCAGAGGAGCCCCCCUCUCUAUUAAGCCCCCUUCCCCCUUCCCUCCACCCUUAUUCUUCUCAAACAAUUAAUUUGGGACUGAUUAGUUAUGGAUUAUUCAGGCUGGAAAUUCAUAUUGUUUUGGGUCUUCAACCGUAUGACACCCAACUUCAUGUGCUUAACUUUUUCAACUUCAAGCCGGCUAAUACUCUGUGGAGAAUUUUUACCAUUUUAUUGUUAGAAAAAGUAGUAUAACGCCCGGGAACCGCAACUCCACCCUCAAGAAACCUUGCUCGCGUCGGUAAAAAUUCUAUUCUACCGGUGUUAAGUUUCGCUAAAUUAAAUAAGCUCCCCCCCUUUCUUUUAAGCCCCCCCCUCAAAAGUGCUUGAAAAAAAAUAAGCCCCCCCCCCCCCGGGGGGGGCUUAAUAGAGAAUUUACGGGAUGCUUUUUUUCCAAAGGAUAUGACUAUCUUUACCUUCUCGAGCUCACGGUCCGGCUCCACACACAGCCUCUCAAAAGACAAUCCAUAGAUUCCAACAAAUCAGUUUUCAAGAGCCUUAAUCAACCACUACUAACGUGAGGACUAUGAAUGAAAACCGAACCUUGCACAAAAUUACUACGGCCAUUCUUGACUCAAUCACAGUUACUUUUCAGCUUUAUCACACAUGAAAUGGUUUAUAGGCAUUAUAGCUGCUGACGGUAUAAUUCGAUGUCUCCAUCUUAUACAGCGACUAGGACGUCCUUUUUUGUAACGCAUAAAUAUGCGUGUUUGUUUAAGCGUACGUUUGCUUGGAACAGACAUAUGAGAAGGGAAAAACCGUAGAAUAGGCAAAACCGCAAGUAUAAGUGGAAUAAAAAACCUCAAGUGUAUCGUGUCAUAAUUUUGAAAGGGGCCUGAAAUCAAGUCAAGUUAUAACUUUAAAACGAGUCAGGAAAUGGACAAUGAACAGCUUCUGAGCGCCCGAAGGUAAAGAUUAUUUAAACAGAUGAUCAGGAUGCUAUUUUGCCUCCUAGGUAGUACCCCCCGCGUUAUUUUGGGAAGUCGUACGCCUCAUACCCCUCUCAGUACAAGCGGACCAGGCAUUAUGUGGUGGAGCAUACAGUUUGAUAGGGUGGUAAGAUUAAUUCGAGUGAACAAAGCGUAAACUGGCUUCCACUCACCGUUUAGCCUGUUCCAGGCUCCGAGAUAGUCGGUGUCACAGCGUUUUGGGCAUCCCCGCGUUUUGGGCAUCCCCAUUCCCAUAUCCCUAGCGUUUUGGGCAUCCCCGGUGGGGGAUGCCCAAAACGCUGAUCACUUCGACUUUGCCUAAAUUAUUUCAGACUGGGGAAAAGUCGGGAUUGUUAAUCACGAAUUUACGGCUAAAUAGUGUAGAUGCAUGUUAGAAUUAUAUCGUCCGACACUUUUUGCCGGGUUAAUUGCGCAGAAAAAAACCCAUAGGCAAUAAACGUUGGCUCAAAACAUGACGAAACUGAAAUUUACAACCGCAUAACAUUGCUUCGAUGCACAACACUUCAUUGUUUGCAAAGCUUUCAAUUUUAUUUAAUAGAACUGUUUACAAGCGAGCAAUGCCGCAAUCGCCGGCAGCUGCGAUCGUCUGAUUCCAAACAGCCAAAAACAAGAAUACUAAACAAAGGAAUCAAAAGGCAAACAUGAAUAAAACUGCGUUUUGCGGUGUUGCAUUCAUAGUAUUCAUGACAUUUGAGGCCUGUACAACUUAACCCCGCAGCGCUACUUGAUACAGGAAAGGCUGUCACACAAUUACUGAGGCCUCAAAUCAUCAGUGGCACUCUUCGAAGACCCUCGCUUUAUCUUCCUCGGCGAUAACAAGACGUCGAAGCGCUGUGCCAUCCUUCUCCUUGGCCACGUAGAACAAGGACUCUAAUUUUGAGUCAUACUCAAACUUUUUGGCGAAUUUUCUAAGAAUUGUUUUGUCCUGCUUUGUAAAGCCUUCCGGAUAAACCUUAUUUUUAAGAUACCGGAACAGGUUUGUAUAUUUAGCGGAAUCCAUCUCUAAAAGGUUUUCGAUUUUCCCGCGAAAUCCCAAAUUGUUUUGGAAGGGAUGCCCAAAACGCUAGGGAUUUGGGCAUCCCGGGAGGGUACCGGGGGAUGCCCAAAACGCUGCAGUAAUAUGAGAAGGGGAUACCCAAAACGCUAGGGAUAUGGGAAUGGGGAUGCCCAAAACGCGGGGAUGCCCAAAACGCUGUGACAGGUCGGGUCCGCUGAAUUGAGAAAGCGCGAACACGAAAAUAAAACGGGAGGAAACUGGGGAGAGGCUUUUUCCUUUUUCCCGCCCCGCCAACUUUCGCGUGCCAUCUACUUUCACGUGUUCCCUACUAUCUGAGUGCCUGGAACAGGCUACUCACAGUUAAGCAUUCAGUUGUUCUUUUUCCUUAUUCUGCUGGGCCUAAUUUUACUGCAAUUUUUUAUCCCGUGCAUGUUAUUCUUUCUUCACUUUCUACGGAUAUAUGCCACGCCGACCUCUUUUUUGCAAUUAUGCGUAUAUCUUGCUCUUUUUUGUUUAUGGUUCAAAGUGUUUCUUUCCCAUAGAUCAAUGAAAAGUUUAAACCUAAUUGUCUUCAUUAUCUCUAUCAUUUUUUUUCCUUGCCUGUUUCGACAUCGUUCUUAUCUGUUUUUGUUUGUUUGUUUGUUUGUUUUUACGGUAAACCAUAGUUGUAGUUUUUACUGAUAUUUUAAUUUUUUUUUUUUCUGAAUAUGGUGCAGUUGUUUAUAACGCAAGAAUUGGGGCAAUAAAAGUGUUGAGCCAAUGGGCUUUUCACUGAAAGGAGUGGGUGCUCGUUAGCCUAUUUUUAGGGAUGAAACCAGAAUUAUCAUAUCAUUCAACUAUUCUUUUCUUAUACAGAUAAAAAAGCCCCGUUCUUCAUCCUUCAUCAGACUCGUCCUUCUACCCAGCGAGCACACAGUUCAUAAAGUGGACACUCUCUCUCAGUUUGUCAUAAUCAACAGUGAUCAAACCACCCUGCAGUUUGCAAUGCCUUAUGCUGCAUUAAGUAUGAACGGCUCAUACGCCAUUUUGAUGGAUCGUGGAGCAGUGGUUGGACAAGGUUGUUCUUAUGACGGACCACCCACACCAGGAAUAACUAACACAAGUGACUGGCAAUUCACUGCUGGCGUUUGUCCUGUCGGAUAUACCCUUGCUUUACCAGAUUUAACCAGUUGUGUUGGUAUGUCAAGCUUGUCAAUGCCUUUAUUUUUAAUAACUGCAGCGAUAUUCUGAACGCCGAUUGGCUAAUUUUUAUCAUCAUUAGAAAUAGAGACACAUGAAUUUUUGACUAAUAAUGCUUAGGUCAUUGCCAAAGUUCAAUGGUUUUAUUUUAGUUUACGGUGGCUGAACACAGUUGUGGCGGUUUGUAAGUAUAUGUCAUUUGCCAAAUCAUGGCAAGAGAAGGGUUGCAGCUCACAAGCUGAAACUUGCCAAGGGAAAAAUAUAGUGAUGAAAUACUUUGAUUGACAGGUAAAAUUUGACAUUUUCGAAGCUUCCAUGGCAACAUGAAUGAUUGAAUACAACCUUAAAAUUUCCCUUAAGCUUAGUUUAAAGAAAAUUCAGUAGUUAGAUUUUCCUAUUAACUUGCACAUAGCUUACUAUAAUUAAUCGUUACCAUUUGAAACUUACUUGACCAAAUUUUAACAGAGGGGUUUUUAGAUAAUCUAUAAUAUAAUAUGUACUGUAAUUAUUAAAUGUGUCACAAAAAUCGUCUGUUCAACUUCCAUUUUAAAGUUCUCAUCACCUAAAAUACGAUAAAAGUAAAAAUUCCUCCAAAUAUCACAAAAUUUUAAUGAGUAGAUUUUGAGAAGUCGUCUUGUGUGUACCAUUGCUUUUUCGCCGCCAUGUUUGUUUGUCUAAGUUCAAACACUCGCUGUCAUGCGAGUUACCGCUGACCGCCCGCAAAACUGUGUUCAGCCACCUUAAUACUUCUGGAUAUACUCGUCCUAACUGAGAAAUUAAUUAGCUAAAAUCGCGUCUGACCUAAACACAAAAUUCAGUUUCUUUCGAUUCAUGCCUAGGGGUCUCGUGGCAUGGAAUAAGGGUUGCAUUUUAAUGACGUAGAACACAAUAAUUUGUUAUUACCGAUGGCGCUGCCGUGGGCCUUUUCAUGAUUGAAAAUGUCACUCACCUGACAGUAUACGCCAGGUUUGGUCCUUCAACCUUCUCUUACACUCGUGUACUAAUACUUCCAUUUUUUCCAGAUAUGAACGAAUGUGGUUCCGCAGCUAUUAUGGAAGGUGAGACAAGCAGGUUGAUUGCUCUCUUUAAGUUCACUGUUGCGAUUGAUUCAGGUAUUAUAUAGAAGAGGUGGUAUGGAAGGACGAAGCAAAGAAAGUCAACCGAAAACCACGAGCAACGUGGUAGAGCGGUUAGAACGCUGGAAGUUUAGUUCAGAGGCCCCUGACCGCUAGCUGAUCUGUUCUCGGUAGUCCAGAGUUCAAAUCCUCGAGUGGUUUCACGCACGGUUUGCCUCCGGCCAAUUGGGAUUCUUAAUUAUUUGUUUCAGACAUUUGCUCGGCAACACUUGCAUUCGUGCUAAAGAUACUGCCCUGGAUAAUGAAGGAUAUUAUUAUCAUCAUCAUUAUCAUUAUUAUUAAUUAUUGUUAAUUCAAAUUAGUUUAGUUGCCAUGAACAGUUUUUUAAUUAAUUUUUUUUUCGAAUAUAUAUAUAUAUUUAAUGGAAUGAAUUUUUUUCAGUCGAAAUUAAGUGUCUUUUCUUCUUAAUCGAAAGGAAUUGUAAAUAGUGCUUUGUCUGAAUAGUUUUUUAAGUGAAAUUAAUUGUAAAUAGGAUUUUUUAGUUAGCUUUGUUAUCAAUAAAAGAUGUUAUUCUCUUAUUAUUAUUAUUAUUAUUAUUAUUAUCAUCGAUCAUUAUUAUUAUUAUUAUUAUUAGGAAUUGUAAAUAGUACUUUGACUGAGUAGUUUUUUUAAAGUGAAUCAAAAGAAAACAAAGAAUUUUAAAUUAUUUUUUUUAUUAUUGUUUAAUAGCCAAUAAGACAUGCGACUGAUUAAUAUGGGAAAAAUGAAAACUUUACGGAGCACAUUAACAUUCACGUCUGUCCGUGGCCAGCAUAUUUGACUGUUUUUAACAAAUAUCUCCCAAUAAUGGGCUUGUUUUGCAGUGAGUGUUUCAGGAAGGGCCUCAACUAGUGUGUCAGUCUCAUCAAGCUAUUCCGCAGGUAUCUCACCGUCAAUAAGUGCAAGUGUGUCGGGUAAGUGUACGUAUUUGUCAAUCGCCUUCCUUAGGUCGUUGCCCAUUGGCACAAAAAGAGUAAAAAAUGUGUCUUAGACGUUCAGUCACUUGUUUGAGUCAUUCGGGUGAGUCAGUUAUAAGUCAAUCAGUCAAUCAGUAUGACAGUCCGUCAGUCACUUAGUCAGUCAGUCAGGUAGUUAGUGGGUCAGUCAAUGAGUCAAUUAGUCACUGACUGUCAUUUAGCCAAUCAGUCAGUAAUUCAACCAGUCAGUCAGUCAGUCAGUCAGCCAGUAUUAGUCAUUCAGCCAAUCAAUUUAUCAGUCCGUUGAUUAGUAAAAAUCAGCUAGUCAGUCAAUCAGUUAAUCAGUCAGUUAAUAAGUUAAUGAGCCAGUAAGUCAUUCAGUAAAUCAGUCGGUUAGUCGGUCGGUCAGUCAACCAGUCACUUGAUUAGGCAAUCAGAUAUGGUGUUUAGAUCUUUCAAUUUUUUUUUUUUUGGAUACCGCUACAAAAAGUUCGUUUUAAGGUCUAUUAACAAAUGUUUUAAACUUAACUGUCAACAAAUGUUUCAGCAAGUACCUCAACAAGUGGAAGCGUCUUAGUCUCACCAAGCUAUUCUGCAAGUAUCUCACCCUCAAUCAGUGCAAGUGUGUCGGGUAAGUCUACAUAUUUGUCAAUCGCCUUUCGUGGGUCGUCACUAAAGGAAAUUUGGGUAGGGUUGUACCGCCUAACAAUUUUCAUUUUACGACGAAAACCGUUCAUUUUGCUACCCUGUUUUAUGGCAAGUGACUAUAAAUUAAAGAUCCAACAGUCUCAAAAGACAAAAAUUAAUAAGCGAAUAAAUAACUACUUUGAUAGAGGUACAGGGGCACCCAACGACAAUUUUCGGAAAAUAUCUGUUCGGAAGAUGAUUUGAGAUCUAGAAUUUUCGAACCAUUUGUUGUAAAAUUUCUUGCUUGCCUUCCUCUCCUAGGAUUUUCGAACAUCCAGAAUAUAGUAUAUUUGCCUAUUUUUAACGGAUUUUUACCCUAAAAAGGUCACCUAGAAUUUUCGGAAGCCUUUUUUCUGACUGACAUUUUCGAAAAGGUAAGUUUUGAUCCCUAUAAUUUUCGGAUCACUAGACUUUCAGCUAGGAAAUCCGAACAGAUGAAAAAUUUUUAGCGGAUAAAAAUAUGCCAAUAUCUACCGUUUAAAUACUAAAAUACGUUUAACAAUGCUAUGUUUAAGUGGUUUUGAACUAUAUUCUCGUUGGGUGCCCCUGGAGGUACAGUGUAUGUGGCUCGUCCCAUUCUCCUUACAGGGUCUCUUAAGAUCAAGGUGGAUUACUUGCGAACUGUGUUUCGAUUUGUUUCGUCUUCAGGGUAUUAUGCACCGUUUAGUUUAAAUGCGCUUUCGAAUCCUAUGGACUUCCUGUUUCAUGUGCCAGCGGACUGUCAUCAAAUCUGUAAAAAUACCCCAGGGAGCUAUAGCUGUUCAUGUUUCGGCGGGUAUCAACUGUCUUCUGAUGGAAAAUCCUGUCUGGGUGAGUCCCUCGGUAAAACACUAGUAAUACUAAUAGCUGUAUGUUGUCGGUCAAUAGUAUUCUUAGGUCCCAAGAAUAUGCAAUGCACACGUAUCCUGAUAUCUUUGAAUCCGCAACUUUUUCUUUGCAGAUUCGGCUUCCGUCCGCACGUAUCCGGUGAAUCCGGGAUACGAAUCCGAAACUUUUUGAAUCCGCUCUCCUGAGCGAAUGGAACUUUUUUAAGACGCUAUGAAUCCGGAAUCAUGUGGAAGCUAAUCCGGAUAAUUCUUUUAUCGGAUGACGUAACAAGAUUGAGCCCAGUUCUUAACCGUGAAUAUUCAAGCACAAAGUUAUCGCUUCUUUAUUUCUUGGACUUUUUUUUUGCCUUAUAACGUAAUAAUGAAGAUUUCACACAUAUUCCAUGCAUGAAACACAAGGUUCCAUGCGCUGUUUCAGUUCGAUUUAGAGCCCGUGUACACAGAGGUGGAGGACCCCAGGUAGGUGAGGUAACCCACUUAGGUGGGGUAACCCGCCUGUCCAUAUAAUCUCUCAUUUUAAUUUGAGUUACAUGAUAAGUGGGGUAACCCGCCGUGGGUUACCUCACCUACCCGGGAUCCCCCACCUCCAUAUAAACAGGCCCUUACAAAGCUUUGAUCAAAACAUUCUCAAUCUCGAGAAUCUUUUAUUCUAAACCGUGAGAAAAGAUUUGAUUAGAAGUUGGAAUUUCGCUAUAUAUUUCUCUUUCACUUUUUGCAUACAGUUCAUUUUUCGACAUAAUUUAUCAGCCAGAAAGUAAGCCUUGGGAAUAAAUUUCAUGCUCGCGCGUUCUAGUCAUUUUUUAAACUAUUAACAUUGUAUCAAGAUAAUACUUAAAAAAGAACUUUAUAGAAGGACAUCUGUGAGCAAGGAAUACAUCAGCACAGAAUUUAAUUGUCGGGGAAUUUCUGUAUCGUCUAUUGUUUUGCUGGUGAUGAUCUAGUUGUUGAUUCGCUCUUCUUGCUUGUUUGUGGACUGAGUCUUAGUCCCCCAAAGGGAGAGAAAGAUUGUCUGGCAAAUUGCUUCCAAUCAAAGAUUUGUAAAUGAUAAACUCAUGUCUGGCAAACUCGGCGCUCUCCAACGGUUUAUAUAUACACAAUUAUACUCACCUUAUAACUUCAUCCGCGAUUAAGGAGCGUCUUUAGGUCCAUACUCUUUCAAAACAGCUGCUGAAAGCUAAUGAAAGCGAGUAAGAUGAAAAGGUUCCCUUUACUUAUCUUAAUGAAAGCUUUUAGGGUUGUACUCUUAAAUAUAAUUAUAGAAUUCGGGAGAUUCAAGACUUUUUUGUGGAGGGGAAUAACGAUGCAUCCAAAAUAGAAAUCCCUUUGUAUUUACAUUCCAUCUGCUUUAGGUAGGGUUAUUUUGAACACCCAGAAAGAUAUCAUGUCACUGUUUUCGAGCUUCUCGAAAUUAAGCUAUUUAUAGGCCAGAACAAGGGUGACAAGGAUAGCUUGUUUUGGUCGAAACAAAAUUUGUGAAUUUGCGCAACAGGACGGCAGAAAGAAGAGGACGGCAAAACGCCUGUGCGUGACAAACGUGACAGGGCUAUAACUUGCUAAUUUUGUCCCAAUCUUGGCUUAACAUCACUGUGUUUUGGCCCUUUGCCAAAAGGUUUGUUCAUAGGAAGAUGAAGUUUGGCGGAAUUUUUUUCAAACAAAUAAAAAAUCGUUGUCACGCUUGUCGCCUAAGGUUUGCCGUCUCCUGCUUGCCUCCGCCGUCCUUUUGCGAAAGUUCACUAUUGAAACUAUUGUACACUUGUCUACCAAUUUCAACCAGUCACAAGCUACAAAGUAAAGGCAAACAGGCGAUAACAUUUUGUUAUGCGAAGGGCCUAACGUCUCGCUGAUUUGUUACAAGCUUGAAAAAAUCUUUUUCUGUAUACUAUAGAGAGACUAAACAUCUAUCACUCCACUCACUUCAUAGAUAUUGACGAAUGUUUAACCAACAAUGGUGGCUGUAGUCAUUACUGCUACAAUAUUCCUGGAUCAUUUUUCUGUGGAUGCCCUGAGCGGACAACUAUGGCAUCCAACAACUUAACUUGUGUUGGUAAGUACGUGUUAUAUAGCUAAAUUUAAACUAGAGAAUUUGCACAAUUACUCUUGCAGUAUGUUUUUUAAAAAAUAGGGAAUAUGUUUUAGACUAAUCCAGGAAUUAACAGACGAGCUUAUGCUUCUUGUUCCUUUAAAUAUUAAGCAAUGAUGAUGUCGAGAGUACCCCUUGGUUGAGCCCUGUUUGAGAUAUGGGCCGGGAUAAACGGCAUUUAUCAGGAAUCGGUUCCUACGUUUAAGUUUUUUCAUUUAGGUGAGUCUCUUUUUACAACGACUAAGAGGCAUCGUUCCUCGCUUUCAUGACCUACGAAUCUACACUGAGUAAUGUCCCGGAUAGCAGGAAAGGCCAUCAUAUUAACCACAGUCACAUUCACUUAUUUAUUUUCAAUGAUAAUAAUUAGUGAAUCCAGAUCUAAUUUGCUGGAUAAAAUGCAACUUAAAUCUACAUAAUAAUUUCAAUUGACAUAACAUUAAUAUAUUUUCCCUAUCAAAACUGCAAUUUUUGAACAGUAAUCUAGUGUCUUAUUAUGUAUUUCAGAACCAGGAGCUACAGUUACGUGCGACGAGAACAACAUGACCGUUUCUUUAGAGAAGCAAUCAUUUCCAUUUUUUGAUGCCAACAACCUUCACUUACGCUAUUCUUCCUGCAGGUACAGCCGGAAUAUGAUGGCUCAAAAAUUUAAAACACUUGCUGUCACCAUAAAUGUGUGAUUUUAGUCUGUUAUAUCACGAGGGCCUUUAUGGAGUUAGCCUUCAAACAUUUUAGUCGUUAGGCGUAAAAAUGCCAAGUUUAAACCGUAGUCGUGAAAAAGGUUAACCGCAAUUUCUUUUUUUUUUUCUUCUUCAAAGGAGUCUGUUAACUGGGAAACCGUAACAAAAAGUAAAGCAAUUAACCCUUACGUAAAAAAAGCCAAAAUGUUAACAGUUGACCGUAAACACCUCCAUCCCAUAACAAGCAAUAAUAAAACGAACUACUUGGAGUCCUUGCCGCGAACUGUAAGAUUGAUCCUCCAGAAAUCCAGGAGUUUCUUAUUGUUUUCUCAAGGAAAUCGAAGCUAAAAGCCCAACAGGCUCAUGCAACAUUUCCUUUGAAUUUUCUUUAUGAAUAAGUGAUGAAUCGAUUUUUUAUUAUGUUUUAGUUGGUCUUAUUUAACUGCAGGGCCACCCAGAAUUCAACCCACGUUUUAAUCAGCACCACUUUGAACGCCUGUGGAACAUUGGUGAAUGAAACAGAGGAUGCAUUAAUCUUCUGGAAUGAAAUCCAAGUAGAUGCAGUAAUUGUUGACAAUGUCAUCACCCGCACACACGAUAUCAAUCUUCGAUUUCACUGCAGCUAUUCCAGAAAAAGGAUACUAAGUAUUCAAUCUCAGCCGCAACAAAUUUUCAUUGGUUCAGAAGGUGCUUUUUUUUCUUUCUUUUAAUUACAUUGCAAAUCAGAUAUUAUAUAUUGCUGACCAACUAUAAUAUGUCGUGUAGGUCUUAGUCAUAAGUCCCGACGAAGUCAAUCGAACGCCGAUCGUUCGACUGACUUCGAUUGGGUUCGGUAAUCGAACAUAGUCGAACUCGCCCAAAACUUUUAAACACUUACAGUGCACAUCUUAAUAAGGUUAACUUAAGGCAGGUCCAAGGCAAGUAUAAUGCAUGAAAUUUCUUGUUUCUUUUCAUAUAUUUCAGCAGUUAGUUCAUCCGAGUUCACGCACUCGAGCGUCUUGUUGUUAUUAAUCUUCCAGCUUCAGGAUCGGCUGUUCAAAUGGCUAAGAAAGUCCGUUUUAAAUUUUGCUUCCGCAGAGAUUGGAUGAGAAUUUUUGACUGUAGAGAACACAGCCUAUCAAUUUAUUUGAAAUAAAGACCAAUGCAGCCCAGUUAGCCCCUAUAUGGCGUCUGGUUUUAUUUGCCUUGGAUUGAUUUUGAAAUCACGGUAUGAUCUGCUUGUCUGAUUGGAUCACCAGACGUAGACGUAUAUUUUGGACAAUAAAAACGACCAAACCCUGUACUCACCACUGCACAAAUACAAGAACACCACAGGAAGUUUUUAAGAUAGUUUACCCUGCAGUCGACCCAUUUGCUUUCGCGAAAAGAGCAGCAAUUGAGCAGUAAAUCGUUGCCAACCUCUAUGUGUAAAACCUUAUAGAGGAGGCUUUCCAUUCCCCAUCCAUUCCCACAUAUAAACACUUUUUUUUUUCCGUAGCUGGAUAUGGGAACUUCACUUUCAGAAUGGACUUUUACAGGACUGCUGCGUUUGCCACACCUUACACUGAAAACGACUACCCAAUAUCUGUCCCUUUAAACGAGUUCCUUUAUGUGAAGUACAGUGUGGAGUCUAGUGCUGACCUAGUGAUAAUGGCUGAAAACUGUAGGACCACCAAAACUGCAUAUUUCUACUCAUUGCCUCAAUAUAACCUAAUACAGAAUGGGUAAGUGUAAAAUAUGUUUGAGUACGGGAAAAAGUAAAACGUUUGAUCGAAUAAGUUUAUAUCAGCAUGUCUCUUCACAACUCGAUCCGAUCCUUCGCAUGGUUAAAGACUUUCGUUAUCGACCAUCGGGGCCAAGUGGUGGCUCUUAUCUACAAAAUUAUCUUUAUGAGCUCGUGCAAAUUUUUCCCAGAGCUAAAAAAAGGUCAAAAAGUUCAUGCAAGGAGUUAAUAUGCCAAUCAUACAAUGUUAUAUACCAUUAAUUAACAGUUCAAAGUUCAAGUUUACAAAAAUUAAAUUCGUCAUCAGAAAAGGGGUUCCAUGCUUCUCUUGGUUUCAAUGUAUACUGCAUGGUUGUUUGAUUUAGAUCAGUCAUGCAAAACCGGUCUUGCGUGCAUAAAAGGAUAACUAGUCAACAAGAAAAAAAAAACCCUUUCAGUUAUAAGUCUUAGAGGGGAUUUUAUGGACUUUAAAACCGACGUUAGAAUUGUGGGUACAGUGAAAGUCUUUAGUUGAGGGGAGGAGGAAAGAGGGGGAUAUAUAACUGAAUAUAGCGCUGAAAUAGGCUAACUAUAACAUCUGACGAGCUAUAAGGCACAGCGACAUCCAUAGUAAUUAAACUAAAAUACAUUUUUUUGUUUUAUAUUACACCACUAGUUGCGGGCGAGAUACAACUAUGGAGUACACGUAUAAUCCCUCAGGGAGCUCUCAGCAGUUUAAAAUUAGAUCGUUCAGGUUCUUUAACGACUAUGACGUUGUUUACUUCCACUGCGAGUUGUUUGCUUGUUACAGAUACAGUUUUAAUUCAAGGUAUGUCUAGAUAGCAGACCCUCUGUGCUACAAGCCAGGGGUACUCCUAUAGAUCGUUUUCACUGUCACGCAACAAAAAAUUAAAUUGGAAACCGUCCAGUGAAAGAAGCCAAGAAAAUGAAAUGUUGUAAAAGACUAAUAUUAUUAUAUAAACAAUUUGUCCGAGUCUCAGGUCUUUGUGGCCCAUAGUUUCUGAGUUAUUUGCCGAAACGUUUCACGCACCUUUGUAGAGCUUUGUAUGGAGACGCCAUAUUGGUGCACCAAAACGGUGCAGCAAUGGCCGCAAGAAAUCAACAAAAACAUCUGGAGUUCACUUUUUCUAUAAAAGCUCUUUCUUUUCACUCGAGAACUAGCAUACGUACGCAUAAACAUAUCUUCUAAUACUUCAAGUGGUUAUACUGCUGAAAAUCAAGAGGAGAGACUUUUUUUCAACGAGACAGCAUUCCUAUUUUGGUGUGACGCAUUGUGAAAACUCGGAAGUUCAAAUUGCUGUAUUUUCGAAACGAAACACGCUACUGAAAUAAAAACUUGUACAAAGAUUUACUUUUUGUUUAUCUUCAACCUAGUGUAAAUAAGAAUUCUUAAAACCUCGGUAUUUUGACUUUACAAUUUGAUGACGUCACAGUGAAAACCAUCUAUACAAGGGAUGUUAGACGGAACAACAGAAUUAAACCCCUAAUUGAGACCGAUCUGGGUGUGGCUCCAAAGCAUGACCCCGUUUCCUUUCUUUUUGUUUAUAUUUCUUUUCGCUUAACCUUACGUCAUAUCUUUAUAGGGAAAAUUAUUGGCUUUCUACCCUGAGCAUUUUAAAUUAUGAUAUCAUAAUAUGCAAUUUCUAUCCCAAUGUGAGACGACGAGCGCAUCGGCUUACUUUUAAAGGGGGCUUUACCGACCCCGGGGUGGGAACAAGGCGCAGUUCUACUUGAACCGCAUACGACAUUAUUACACACUAAGUUCAUUCUUUCCCUGUUUUGCCAUUUUCUGGUAGUAUCACAAGCAUGAUACACAGGCAACUUCAUUUUCCCUGCAUUGGUCGUUCAUUACCUAUAAGUAAGUAAAGCGAAGUAACAUAGCUUGAAAAGACUGGAUCUCCCCUAUGUUUUCCUCCAUUCAUCGCUGUGCGCGAAAUUUGCACGUUAACGAGGCCAAACAAAAGCACAUUAUGACGAUCUGUAAGCCGAAAAUUUUGUUUAAAGAUGCAGCAGGGGUUGUUUAAGCAGUAAAAGAAGAAAGAGACGAGACGCAAUUGACGAAAUAGAACAUGAAGAAAGCACAAGCAAACAUAUUCUCUCCAGCGGCCCAAUAAUGAUCACGGAGACGGAGACGGAAAAACGUGACGAAGGAGGUACGUAUAGAGUCUUCAUAAUAAUGUUCACAAUAAAACUGUGAAAGGUUUGAACCCAGGAGUCAAUUCACAAGUAGGUUGAAUAUGAUCAUCCGGGUGAACGUAGUCCUGAAAAUUCAAUAGGAUGGGUGUAUUGUUAUUGUUACUACCGCACAGGUUGUCGAAACGUCAGUCCUACGUUCACCGGAAGAUCAUACUCAAUCUACUUAUGAUAUGUUCACAAUAAUUUGUAAGUGAAGGAGGGAAGGUCGCCAACCAAUUCCACUGAAUUCCAAGUUGCAGCGGUUAGUGUCCUGGCUCUGAGUGUUUAUGCAAAGAGAAGCAUUUUUCUUCCUCGUGCUCUAACAUAAAACCCUCGCGCAUUCGGCGUGCGAAUCGUUUUGAUGGUAAAACAGUUAAAGCUAAUCAGAAACCAAAGUAUUCUUCACUUAAAAACUCAUCUUCACGAAAAUCACUCGAUAAGAUUGAAUAAAAUGUUUGUAGCGUUUAUGAAUAUUAUCAUCAGAAGCGGUAUUGUAGUUGUUUUCAAGAGACGGAUUAGAUCGCUGUUUCGGUUUGGCCGUUAAAUAUGUAGUUAUAGCGUUCUUAAAGAAAGUAUCGCUCUUAAUUUUGCCUUAUACUUUGCUAAAAUCAAUAUCUUAAAUGAAGAAUGUAAGUGAGAGUGCUUUCUCGUCGAAUUUGCCCGUAAAUUUUAAGGUUUAUAAUAUUAUCCAAAACGCAUGACAAAAUGUAAACAAACUAUUACCACCGUUUUCGUUGAUACGCGACUUUCGAAAACAAAACACCCGCGGAAACGUUUCCAAAAUUUCCGUCAAUCAUGCGUGUUAUCGAGGUCAGAAGGUCACACUAGUGGCUGUGAUUGGUGGAUUUCGAUCCGAUCUGUCGAUAACAUGCAUAAUUGACGGAAAUUUUGGAAACGUUUCCGCGGGUGUCUUGUUUUCGAAAGUCGCGUAUCAACGAAAACGGUGGUAACGCAUCGGUUGCGCUCAUAUUACAUCGAUCGAUUCGAACACCAAGAAGUUUGUAAAAGGUAGAAAUUCUUUUUAAGUCAGUGCAUUGAAUUAUUUACGGCAAAAUCAACAACAAUCAUCGAGGAUUUUUCAAUUUUGAAGCGUUUAACAGCAAAAAGUCACAUGCUAAUUCGGAGUAAAUUUAGACAGUUUUUAAACAGACUGAGCUAUUGUUAGUGGCGUGAAGUUCUAUUCUUCAUCGAAGAAUAGGCAAAUGUUGCAGAUGUCUGAGCAGGAACAAUAACCAGGAAAGGGAUAUACCCAGGGGAUUUCUUGAUUGACACUAAAUUAACCUCAUUUUUCACUUAUUUGCAUUUUCACGAUCGACGUUUUUGAAUGGGCGCGUUUCUGUAAUGAGAAGCGAGGCUGGAAGUGACCUUGUUUUGUUACAAACCUUGACCUGCUGUGUGCAAAUCUCAUAUCGUAGCUUAUCGUGUUAUUCUCAUCCUCCGAACAAGCCCGUGAAAGCAGGAAGGUUUGUAACAAUUCAAGGUCACCUUUAAUUAGCCUCGCUUCUUUUCACAGGCCAUGGCACAGAGCACACAACUGUAAGCUUCAUUGAAGGUCUAAGGCCGGUUGGUUAUAAUUAUGUCGGCUUCUGUAUAGAGCCAGGAUCAACCAAUCCCCAAGGUUUAACACUACCCUAAGAUCAAAAUUCGAAUUCUCAUUUGUUGCCCCUAUUCAUUUCCUACAGAAGUGGUGGGGAGAAGUUAAUAAAAUAUCAAGCAAAUUCAUCUUGUGUGAUCAUGUCCGUUAUUCUCAUGACCACUCUGUUAUACAAAGCAUUGAUAUUACAAGGAGAAAUUUUGAUGCUGAUCACUCUUAGGGCUUAGCGUUUGUGGAUUAUUGCACUAAUUGUUUUAGCGGCCACAUAGCUGGACUUCUUCAAGAUAAAAGACUACGAUCUUUUUCCCUAAUUGUACUUGUUGGAGUUCGAUAGAGUCUAAAGGCAAAUAAGGUUGAUAGCUUUACGUUUUCCCAUGUGAAAUAACCGUUUUAGAUCUAGUAGAGAAUUAUAAUUAUGGCAUGGGCUUUACUUAAUACAAGAGCAAGCUUUAAUUCUAACUUAAAAAGUCCUUCAAUGAUAGCUUUUCCUUCAUUAUUUACGGUUUUAAGACUUAUCUAAUCAUCAAGAUUUAAUUUUUUCUCCGUGGACAGAUACCGAAAAAAGCCAAAAACCUGCUUUGAUCAUUGGUGCAGGAGCCGCUGGAGGAUUUGCUCUGAUUGUUAUCAUAGCCCUGGCUGUUUUAGCCGUUAAGUACCGCCUUGCCCGAAGAUUAAUGAACAGAAACAAGGUCGGAGACUUGUACACUACCCAAGAUGAACAGAUGAGUCGACGAAAUGCCUACAUCCAAGAGGACGACAUGAUCGAAAGGGAAGACUCCUUUUAAAAUGAAUCCUUACGUUGAACACUUAUCUCGUAUCCAGAUCCCUUCAAGCGAUCUGGGUGUCAGUCGCUGAAAACGCACUAGUACUUUUAUAACUUUUUUAAGUGUCUUCUUGAACAAUUAGUGAUGUAAUAGUCGAUGAAACUAAUUUUUUUAUUGUUUUCACUUAAUAUGUCGAACGCUAGCGCCUAUUCACGCUACUUUCCUAAGUACGGUACAGUCAUUUUAUUAACCUUCUUCAGAAGGGAACAGACCUAAAACGCUGACAUAUUCAUACAAGAUAGGCAGAAGUUGUGAGAAGUUCUCUAGCUAUGUGAGUCAAACCAAUAGAAUCGUCCUUGAUAAGCGGCUGUCUGUACCACAGCUCUACAUAUAUCCUAAUGUCGAGCUUCCACUGUGCUAGAGCGAUUUUCGACCUUGAAAUGAAAAUGUGCGAACAAAACAGAAACAACAAACAAACGGAAAUAGAGCGAUUUGUUUGGUUUAUUGAACGGAUACAAACACUCGGAUGAAAAAACUUCAUGCCCGAGAACUUUCUAGAAAUCAAUCGAUACUUCACUUUGACGUCAUACUGCAACACAAUUGGCCAAUCGAACAAUGCCUUCUCCUUAUUAGGGUUUUCUUUGGCGGGAAAACGAAGAGUCCAUGUUUCGAUCUUUUUAUCAGUUCGCUGAUAAAACAAAUAACGAACCCUUAUUGAAACUAUUUUUCAAAAUCAUACGAAAAUCGCUCUAACUGUGUUCACAUUCAUAGUGCUGUAGGUUCUAUGAUAAAGGAAGGUUGCCGGUGACGAAUCCGGAAGCCGAGCUCGUUAAGCGUCUUGAAAGUUGUCGAAGCUUCUUUCAUCUUGCAGGUUACGUCAAAGUCCUUAGAGAAGCACAAUUCACUGAAAAUAUGUAUUUUAAGUUUUUAUAUGUUUCAUCAAGCACUUUAAAAUCUUAACUCACUCACUGAAUGCGUGGAUCGCGGCUGGCUAGGCAAUACUAAUUUUUGCAACAUUAAUUAGAAUCUGAAUAACGCAGUAGAAUGUCAAAAUUAAAGCAGCAACUCCUGAGCAGUUUAACCAUUUAGCUUGCCAGAUCGCAACAGUUACAGUCACUAAACGAUACGAAAACGUUUUCGGUCAAGGUGAAUGCUGCCUGCUUCUCCAGUAUAGCUUUAAGUGUCAAGUUUAUUUUCGUUACGCAUUAGGCUUAAGUCGUGGCACUUUAUUUUGUUUAUUGUUGUCAUGGUGAUAUCCAUUUUACUAAAAACUGCAUUUUAGUUUGACAAACUUCAAUUCAUGGUCCGUCAGUAGUGAAAAUCUUAUGGCGAACAGACAAGGAAAAAAUUAUGUUUAAGGUGAUUGAAAAAUAAGGGUAUGGCCGCAGAACUACUGUAUGGAAACACCUUAAAAGGCAUCGCAACAUUACUUUAUUAACAUUUAAACGUUUGCAUUAACGUUUAUAUUAAUUACGUGUGAACUGCACAUGAUUAUGGUACAAUAGUUUUUAACUGGACGCCUGUGUUUACACUGUUUGAUCGAUGCUGUAAUUUUCAGUGCU